AGAAGGUGGUGUUGGGUGCCAUCCAGUUCUCUUCCCACCCAUCCCUUCUUCUCUUUCUUCUUUCUCUCUCCUCCCUUCUUCUUCUUCUUCAUCUUCUUCUUAUCCUCACAAAUCCAAAAACCUUCUCUUUCUCUCUCUAUCCUUCCUUUUUCCUCAUGAAAACCAGGCUCUGAUUCAGUUUUUUCUUUUCUCUGUAAAUAAACAGACCUCUUUUUGGUCUUUUUUUCCUUCUAUUUAUCAGUUUUUUUUUUUGUUGGAGUCAUGAGGCGAGGCAGAGGAGCAACGGGAAGAGGACCGGCGGCGGCGGCGGUGGAGGCGGCGGAGCAGAAUAAAGGCGGAUCGGGGAAGGAGGUGAGAUACAGAGGCGUGAGGAAGAGACCGUGGGGGAGAUUCGCCGCCGAGAUCAGAGAUCCUUGGAAGAAGACGAGAGUCUGGCUCGGAACCUUCGACUCCGCCGAGGACGCGGCGCGUGCGUACGACGCGGCGGCGAGGACGCUCCGUGGACCGAAGGCGAAGACCAACUUCCCCACGCCCUAUGCCCUUACGCCGCCGUUUUGCUACCAGAACAACGCGGCCGCCAACGAUCCGUUCUCGGAAAACCACCAUAACGGCAGGAUGUACGGUAACGGCGGCGGAUUUCCGGAUCACCAUCAGCAUCAUCAGAUCGUCCAUCCGCAGAGGCCGACGACGAGCAGCCUGAGCUCGACCUUGGAGUCGUUCAGCGGACCGAGGCGUACGACUGCAACGAUCGCGCCGCCGGCGGUUUCUUCGCGGCGGCGGUACCCCAGGACGCCGCCGGUGGUUCCCGAGGACUGCCACAGCGACUGCGAUUCGUCGUCCUCGGUGAUCGACGACGCGGAGGGGGAUUUCGCCGCGUCGUCGUCGUGUCGGAAACCCUUACCGUUUGAUCUGAAUUUUCCACCGUUGGAUGAGCCAGACUUCGCAUCGGACGGCCACGAUCUGCACUGUACGGCUCUCUGUCUCUGAUGAUGUUGUUGACGACGACGAUCAUGAUUAUUAUGAUGAUCAAUGAUUCAAUCUUUUUUUUUAAUCUUAUUAUGCGGAAAAAAAAAGAAAAAAAAAAAGAAGGAAAGAGA